GCCUCAGCCGGGAGUAGCAUGGAGGUGACGGAUCGCAUUGCUUCCCUGGAGCAGCGAGUCCAGAUGCAAGAGGAUGACAUCCAGCUACUCAAGGCGGCCCUGGCGGACGUGGUGCGGCGGCUGAACAGCACCGAGGAGCAGCAGGCCAUCCUUAACCGGAAAGGACCAACCAAAGCAAGACCGCUGGUGCAGACACUGCCCUUAAGAACCACUGUCAACAACGGAACCGUGUUACCAAAGAAACCAACCGGCUCUCUACCAUCCCCCUCCGGGACCAGGAAAGAGACAGCCAUGCCGACAACCAAAAGAUUAAACAGGUCUGUGAGCCUUCUCAAUGCAUGCAAACUGCAUAGAUCAUCACCAAGUACCAUCAAAAGGACCAGCUCUUCUGAACGAGUCUCCCCUGGUGGUCGAAGAGAGAGCUCUGGGGACUCAAAAGGAAAUCGGAAUCGAACAGGCUCCACCAGCAGUUCAUCCAGCGGUAAAAAGAACAGUGAAAGCAAACCUAAGGAACCCGUGUUCAGUUCAGAAGAAGGCUACGUAAAAAUGUUUCUUCGCGGACGCCCGGUAACCAUGUACAUGCCCAAAGAUGAAGUGGAUUCUUACACUUUGGAAGCAAAAGUGGAGCUACCAACCAAGAGGCUGAGACUGGAGUGGGUCUACGGGUACAGGGGUCGAGACUGUCGUAACAACCUGUACCUGCUCCCAACGGGGGAGACUGUGUAUUUCAUCGCAUCUGUGGUUGUGUUGUAUAACGUGGAAGAACAGCUGCAGAGGCAUUAUGCGGGUCACAACAACGACGUCAAAUGCCUCGCUGUUCAUCCUGACAAGAUCACCCUAGCAACGGGACAAGUCGCAGGUACAUCCAAGGAUGGAAAACAAUUGCCUCCACACGUUCGCAUUUGGGAUUCUGUGACGUUAAAUACGCUGCAUGUCAUCGGAAGUGGGUUUUUUGACCGAGCUGUCACCUGUAUUGCAUUCUCAAAAUCUAAUGGAGGAAGCAACCUGUGUGCUGUGGACGAUGCCAAUGACCACGUGCUGUCCGUGUGGGACUGGCAGAAGGAGGGGAGGCUGGCCGACGUGAAGUGUUCUAACGAAGCUGUGUUUGCUGCGGAUUUCCAUCCCACCGACACUAAUAUUAUAGUGACCUGUGGAAAAUCCCAUCUCUACUUCUGGACACUAGAAGGAAACUCCCUUAUUAAGAAGCAAGGAUUGUUCGAGAAACAAGAGAAGCCCAAGUUCGUCCUCUGUGUCACCUUCUCGGAAAACGGCGACACCAUUACUGGAGACUCGAGUGGCAACAUCUUAGUGUGGGGAAAAGGUACAAAUCGAAUCAGCUAUGCCAUCCAAGGGGCCCACGAAGGUGGCAUUUUUGCACUUUGUAUGUUAAGAGAUGGCACACUGGUAUCUGGAGGAGGAAAGGAUCGAAAACUCAUUUCUUGGAAUGGAAACUAUCAGAAACUUCGUAAGACUGAGAUUCCAGAACAGUUCGGUCCAAUCCGCACAGUGGCCGAGGGGAAAGGCGAUGUGAUCCUCAUCGGUACCACUAGAAAUUUUGUUCUCCAAGGCACUCUGAAUGGGGACUUCACACCCAUCACUCAGGGUCACACCGACGAGCUCUGGGGACUGGCUGUCCAUGCCUCCAAGCCCCAGUUUUUGACGUGUGGGCACGACAAGCACGCCACCCUUUGGGACGCCAUUGACCACCGGCCCGUGUGGGACAAAGUCAUCGAGGAUCCAGCUCAGUCUUCUGGUUUUCAUCCUUCAGGGUCUGUGGUUGCUGUUGGAACCCUAACUGGAAGGUGGUUUGUGUUUGACACGGAAACAAAGGAUUUGGUCACCGUCCACACAGAUGGGAACGAGCAGCUGUCUGUAAUACGUUACUCACCAGAUGGGAAUUUCCUGGCUAUAGGCUCCCAUGACAACUGUAUCUACAUCUAUGGUGUCAGCGACAACGGGAGAAAGUACAGCCGCAUCGGCAAGUGCUCAGGCCACUCCAGCUUCAUCACCCACUUGGACUGGUCAGUAAACUCGCAGUUCCUCGUGUCCAAUUCAGGAGACUAUGAAAUCCUGUACUGGGUCCCAUCGGCUUGUAAGCAGGUCGUAAGUGUGGAAACAACGAGAGACAUUGAGUGGGCUACGUACACCUGCACGUUGGGGUUCCAUGUGUUUGGAGUGUGGCCGGAAGGUUCCGACGGUACCGACAUCAACGCCGUCUGCCGGGCGCACGAGAAGAAGCUUCUGUCAACUGGAGACGACUUUGGCAAAGUGCACCUGUUCUCCUGCCCCUGCUCCCAGUUCAGGGCGCCAAGCUAUGCAUAUGGGGGCCACAGCAGUCAUGUGACCAACGUUCAUUUCCUUUACGCAGACAGCCACCUUAUCUCCACGGGCGGCAAGGACACCAGCAUCAUGCAGUGGCGGGUCAUUUAG